CCCCUGACCCCCGCGAUCCCGGCCCCGCUUUGACUUCGCCUCCUCGCACCGCUGGAGAACGCCGCCGGCGGGGGCCCGCCCGCUGUCCCUCCCGCGGUGCCGGAGAUGUCAGCAGCGGUGGCUCUCCCGCUCCUGCUGCUCCUGGGGAUGGCGGCUCCCCUGGGAGCCCGGUGCCCGGCUUGCGGGCUGGCUGCCCUGGCCCCCGCCGCCCAGCGCCACGUCCUCAUGGCACGGGCAAAGCAGAGCAUCCUCGCCAAGCUCCGCUUGCCGGGCAGACCCAACAUCACCCAGCCCGUGGCCAGGGGGGCCCUGCUGACGGCGCUCGGCAGGAUGCGUGUGCAGCGCACGGAUCCCGUCUCCCCUGGGAUGCCCCGUGAGAGCAGCGUCCCUCCCCUGCAUCCCGGGCUGGGGCUGCAGGAAUACGAGAUCUUGAGCUUUGCCGAGUCAGGGUCCUCCACCUCCCACAGUGUCCACCUGCAUUUCCGCUUCACCCAGGAGCUGGCUGGGGAUGCUGAGAUCCUGCAAGCCACCCUCUACCUGUUCUGGGCAGAUCCCGGCCCCGGGAUGCACCCCGUCACCAUCCAACUCCUGCAGCCAGACCCAACAGGGCUCAACGUGACCGUGGUCCAUGAGGCACGGCUGGAGGUGCAGCAUCCUGGCUGGGCCACGCUGGAUGUGGGUCAGGCCGUUCAGAGCCUCUUUGGCCAAGGGAGUCAGAGACUCACUGUGCAGUUGGAGGCGGCGGAGGAUUGGGGUUCUCCCCUCCUGCCUGGCCACAGUGAUUCCCACCGGCCAUUUGUGGCAGCCCGAGCCCGGGCCAGGACCCCUCACCGGGUGCAGCGGCGCGGCAUUGACUGCAGCAGGGACUCUAAGAUGUGCUGCCGCCAGGAAUUCUUUGUGGACUUCAAGGAGAUCGGCUGGGAGGACUGGAUCAUCCAGCCCGAGGGUUAUCACAUGAACUACUGCGCAGGGCUCUGUCCCCUGCACGUGGCGGGCAUCCCUGGCCUUGCUGCCUCCUUCCACACGGCUGUCCUCAACCUCAUCAAAGCCAACAACGCGGACGCAGCCGUGGACUCCUGCUGUGUCCCCACGCAGCGUCGUCCCCUCUCUCUGCUCUACUAUGACCGGGACAGCAACAUCGUCAAGACCGACAUCCCCGACAUGAUCGUUGAUGCCUGUGGUUGUACCUGACCUGUGCAUGGGGAGGCAGGAGGACAGGACCUGUGCUCUGCAGGGCUCUCCUCCUCCUGGCCCCUUUCUGGCAGCCCAAGACCUGGCGAGCCGCUGAGAUGGGAACCCUGCCAAAGCGUUUUCUCCUCCUGAAGGGUGAUGCUGAAUCUGCAAGUCCUCUCCUCCCUCACCUCCCACACAGCUCCUUUCCCCCUGCAGAUUUGUCCACGGAUUCCUCUCUGCUCUUGAGCCAUCUGCGACUGGCUCCCAAUGGAGACUGGACCCUUGUACCUGCAAGGCUCUGCGGAGCGGCUCAGGACAGCACCACUUGCCCUGCUGCUGGUCC